CGCCAUUUUGGCUGGUUUGCGUCGCUUCCGCUAUUGGGAAGUAAACACAGAGGGAGGAAGGGGGCAAGUAGCGACUGGGGGGCAGGACGGAAUUGGAUGGACGGAUUGGACGGGUGAAGAAGGCGCUGGAAGUUGUCUUCGGUGGAGGGAGCUAAUGUGGCCGGAGGGGAGGCGCCAUCACGACCCGAGUCCCGGUUAACGCGAAGCGCUGCAGGGAGCCGCCAGAAUGAAACGAGGAAGAAAAACUGAGGGCCACAGCAGUUCCUUUGGAGAGACAACUGAGAAAGAAUCAAAGAGGCACAAGAUUACUAAAGAUGAGAAAACCAUAGUUAUGCAGAGUCCUGACUGGGCAAACCUGCUUCAAGACAUUAUCCUGCAGGUGUUUCAGUACUUGCCACUUCUGGAUCGUGCUCAUGCAUCACAGGUCUGCCGAAGCUGGAACCAAGUGUUUCAUAUGCCUGAUCUCUGGAGGUGUUUUGAGUUUGAACUGAAUCAACCAGCUACAUCUUACUUGAGAGCUACGCAUCCUGAACUAAUCAAGCAAAUAAUAAAGAGGCAUUCCAAUCACCUGCAGUAUGUAAGCUUCAAGGUGGACAGUAGCAAGGAAUCUGCAGAAGCAGCUUGUGAUAUUUUAUCACAACUUGUGAAUUGCUCUCUGAAGACGCUUGGGCUAAUCUCAACUGCCCGUCCGAGCUUCAUGGAUUUACCAAAGUCUCACUUUAUUUCUGCACUGACAGUGGUGUUUGUAAAUUCCAAGUCACUCUCUUCACUUAAGAUUGAUGAUACACCAGUAGAUGAUCCAUCUCUCAAAGUGCUCGUGGCUAACAAUAGUGACACACUCAAACUAUUGAAAAUGAGUAGUUGUCCUCAUGUUUCUCCUGCUGGUAUCCUUUGUGUGGCUGACCAGUGCCAUGGCUUACGUGAGCUGGCACUGAACUACCACCUCCUGAGUGAUGAGCUUCUGCUUGCAUUGUCUUCUGAAAAACACGUCAGGUUAGAACACUUGCGCAUUGAUGUUGUCAGUGAAAACCCUGGACAGACUCAGUUCCACACAAUUCAGAAGAGCAGCUGGGAUGCCUUCAUCAAGCAUUCUCCUAAAGUAAAUUUAGUAAUGUACUUUUUCUUGUAUGAAGAAGAAUUUGACCCAUUCUUUCGUUACGAAAUACCUGUCACUCACCUUUACUUUGGAAGAUCAGUAAGCAAAGAUGUACUUGGUCGUGUUGGGAUGACGUGUCCUCGGUUAGUGGAACUGGUGGUGUGUGCCAACGGAUUGCGGCCACUGGAUGAGGAGCUGAUCCGUAUUGCGGAACGUUGCAAGUAUCUGUCAGCCGUUGGCCUAGGAGAAUGUGAAGUCUCUUGCAGUGCCUUUGUUGAGUUUGUGAAGAUGUGUGGUGGUCGUCUCUCUCAGCUUUCUAUUAUGGAGGAAGUUCUGAUUCCUGAUCAGAAAUACAGCUUAGAGCAGAUCCAUUGGGAAGUUUCAAAGCAUCUCGGUAGAGUCUGGUUCCCAGACAUGAUGCCCACAUGGUAAAGUCUGUGGAAGACUUCAGGGCAGAUGGAAUAGCACCUUAAACCCAGGCUUACUCUGUUGGAAUUUACUCAAUAAGCUUAUUUAAUACUGUAGUUCUUAUUGUAUGCUACUUCACUGCUUGACUAGAAAAAUGAUUUUUUUAAAAUUCAAAAAUUAUUUACAAAAUCUGAGUUCAAAAACAGAAAUCAUGGAUAGCUCCAAAUACCUUUUUCAUCCAAACAAAAAAUCAUGUUCUGGUUUUAGAUUUGAUCUUUCUCAUUGACGGUGACUCCAAACACUUAUGGAAAUUAAAAAAAAAAAUUAAAAAUUGAAAUGUACUUGCAAUAUACCAAGUUUUAAUGCAUGUAUUUUGAUUUUUAGUAUUGAACAGGAUCAGAUUUGAUUAAACAAAACCCACAACAGCAAAUUAGCAUGUUUCUGUUGCAAACUAGAGCAUGGAUGAGGCACUUAGUGCCAUGGUCUAGUUGACUGGAUAGGGCUGGGUGAUAGGUUGGACUGGAUGAUCUUGGAGAUCUCUUCCAACCUGGUUGAUUCUAUGAUUUCUAAUUCCAGUUACCUAGAUGAUAAGAUUUAGAUUAUAAGGAGUAUUUAGUAGGCUGCGAAACAGACACAUUCUUUUAUAUAAGCAUCAAAAAAGGCAAGAGCAAUACACAGUAAUAGAUUUUAGACAAAAUACUAAGCUUGUUACUUUAUUCCAGAGAUUAUUAGAGCCAUCUAAAAUGUAUUUAGAGCGCAAAUAGCAGUGUGAGAUACCAGAAGUGGUGCAGGUGGGGUUUUUUGCCUCUCCCCCUUCCCUUCCCCUCCAUGCAUUUAAAUGUAGUUUGCUUAUGGGAUCUCAGCUCUCUGUCUAAACCUGUUUUAAGGUAUUUUAUGUCUAGCUCAGGAAGCGAAAGCUUUCUGGGGAAAAAUGUAGAUACAUUGUAUGUAAAAACACAUUUGAGUUAAUGAGCUUUUAUUGCCCAUUGACCAGUUUUGCAGCAUGUGAUUAGAUGGAGUAAUGUAUAUUUUAUUAAAUGAACCCUGCAGUGUUAAAUGCGAUGACAUAGAUGUGAACAGGAUGAGACAAGAAGGUUAAAAUUUGAAUGGUGACCAAUAACCUUUUAACAAAAAUCUGAAGACUUUUUAGCUGCUUUCAGUUUGAGAGAAAUGGCAUUGUAACAGUUGCUUACACUGUACAAACUAAUUGUAUACUGUAAAUCUGUUUGGGAAACAUUUAUGUAUAAAGUGAAUGUUAGAUGAUCAUUUUGUAUAGCAUUCAUUCAGUUAGUUCAACCAUUUCAUGGUAUCUGAAAACCUAAAAGCAGUAAACUUAUGUGAAGUAGAGCAAUAGGCAGAAAUUUGUUUUGAAUAUUUGGUAAAUAAGUUUUAUUAAAGAAAUUUUUUAGUCUGUGCAUGGUGUAGGCAGUGUAUUGCCUGUGAUCCAGAUGUGGCUUGUGACUUUCUUAGCACCAAGUUAUGUUAUUUUUCCCUUCUCUGUUCUGGACUGGUAACACUAUGAAGUAUUCACACAACUGCCAAAUGUGUUUAGUCAGCCCACUGGCAAGGCACAGCUGCUCCAGGUGUGGGCUGUACCAAACUCAAGCUGGGGGCUGCUUCUCAUUUAAACUGUACAGCUAGUUCUGGUAAGAAUUACCCUUUCUUCAUUUCUGAUUUCAGUAACGAUGGAAAUGUAUAGUUAAGUGUAAUACACUUACAAGCAUAUUAAAAUUUAUAUUUUGAGCAAACAUUGCUCAGUGGACUGGACAUAUUUUUAGGGGAGUUCUAUGUUUCUGUAGAGCUCUGAUUUAAAAUUCUCAUUUUAUGAAAUACAUGGGUUUUGUAUUAGAAUUUGUUAAAUUCAUGUAAUGCCAUAAUUUGCUUUUAUUUGUAUAAAAAGUGUCAAUAUAUUUAGUCUGCAAAAGUCAAAAA